UUUCAGUACCAAAAGCGGUAACCCCGAGCUACACUCGGGCUUACCAUGCAGCGCUGCAUAGGGAUUCCUUGCAGAGCUUACCUUGACCUUCGCUCCCGCGAUGUCCCCCCUGCAGCGUCCCCCGGCCAUCUCCUCCGGCCGAUGCCGGCAUCCGGCUUCCGUGUUUCCUGUCCCUGCGAGCGUCGGGACGUACGGGCACCGGAACCGGCGGGAAAUUAAAAAAUUUUAAAAACUGUCAUUUUUCAUUUCACAUACAUUUUGUCCCGAGUGCUUUGUCCGGCGCCCUGCCUGCAUUUUUACUGUUCUUUCUG